AUGGAGUUUGUGCUACUGACAUCUGUAGGAAUAGCUGCCGAAGAUCUCCAGAGCAUUGAACAGGAUGCAACCAUGAGCGAUGGCACUGAGAGCUCGAGCCAAAGUAACAGGGUGAUACUAGUUCUUUCGCUAGCUACUUCCAGUGAAGAUGACGAUUCUGCUGCUGCUCAAGGCUCUUCUUUUGCAGAUUCUCACUUGAUGACUCCCCUCGAUUGCGAAGAUAACUACGAGCCUAGGGCUGACGAACAGUGA